AUGUCGAGCAGCCCCCAAGAAUCUCCACAACAGCACAAAGAACAACAACAACAUAUCCCGGCUUGGAAGAAGAUGGGUCUGAAACUCAAGAACGCUAAGGAUACGGUGGAGGGGGCGGAAAAGAAAAAGGGAGAUGUGGACGCCAGGGAAACAAAUGUGGAGAAGAAGCAGGAUCGCAAGAAGAGCAAGAAGAGACGGCUUGAGAAUGAUGAUGAUGAGGGGGAGGGUAAAGAGGUGAAGGAGGAUGACGCCGAGAAGAAGAGAAAGAAGAAGAAGAAGAGUGUGUCGUUUUCGGAGGAUGCGAAGAAAUUGGAUGGUGAUGCGGACGAUCAGGAGGAGGAGCAGGAACAAGCUCAGGAGCAGGAUAAAAUGCAGGUUGAUGCUGAGGGUAAUGGUGAUGAUGAUACCGGGGACAAGGCCGAUGAUGAAGGCGAGGGAAAGAAAAAGAAGAAGGAAAAGAAGAAGAAGAACAAGAAGCAGGACGGAUCGAAUGAUGCUUCAUCCACCACGACACCGAGAAUCCACGAAACGCCUAUCCUUUCCUACCUGAGUCUGUACCACAAGCAUCGGUCGGCGUGGAAGUUCCAGAAGAAUCGCGAGACGCAUCUCUUCAAGCAUGUUUUGUCGCUGGAGCAGGUCCCAACGCUGUACAAUGCGGCUUUGCUUGCCUAUUUGCAGGGGUUGAAGAGCGAAGGUGCGAAGUUGCGGUUGCGACAGAUUGCCGAGGAGGUCAUCAAGGCGGAGGCUGAUGCCGAGGAGGAUCAACCUAAUAGUGCUCCUGCAGAGACGGAGGAGUCGAAGGAGGGCUCUUCUUCUGAGGCCAACGAGAGCACCGCGGCGACGGAUAAGGCCAGUUACGACAAGGCCGUUGGUGUCUUCCGGACACGCUUGGCUGCAGGUCAAGAAGAUAUUGAUUGUCAGGAUGUUACUGCGCAGCUCAAUGCGGAGACACUGAAGAAGUACGAGAAUAGGGCACGGGCUGAGCUCAUUCUGUUUGCUGUUAACGGCACGCUGUUCAAUUACCACAAGCCCAAGCCUGCUGCGCAGAAAGGAAAGAAGGGGGCUCAGGCCCAGCCUGGCAAGAAAAAGAAGAAGAACCGUACUGCUAUCGUUGAGAUCUCGAGCAGCAGUGAGAGCGAGAGUUCUAGCGACAGUGAUAGCGACAGCGACAGUGACGAUGAGAAGAAGACCAAGGCUAAGCCUGCAGCUGCUAAAGCCUCGUCAUCUAAGGAUAGCAGUGACAGUGAUAGUGACAGCAGCAGCAGCAGCAGUGAUAGCGACAGCGAUUCGGAUAGCUCAAGUUCGAGCGACUAG